UGGAUCUACACCAAGGCUGCUGCCUCAGUCUCCAUUCUACAGCUUAUAACAACUCCAGGAUGGCUGUCCCCUGGAUCUCUUCCACAACACAUCGACUAUCUGUUUGGGGAUGAAACUUCCAGGAUAAGUUCUGCCUUCGAACGGUUUGCAGGAGCCAGAGGAUGUUGCACGUUUUCCCUUGAAAGGUGAAUGUUCAGCAGCGCAAUCCCAGGCCCACAUUGGUGAUAAUGCUUCUACUGACAGUUCUCGGGGCCACUCUCGGGGUAGCUUUUGGUGUGGCUGCUACCUGUGCAUUGGCCUUCCUGUGCCGCCGUUUAAAGAAGCUGAGAAGGCUCUUCAAAAUCCCAGAGAACAAGUGUCUGGAAAGUACAGCAAAGGAGAGAAAUAUCCUGCACACGGCACAGCAGUUUAGAGUGAAGAAGACAAUGGAGCCGGUCCAGCCAAGGAACUGGUUAACAUCACCCAAAAUCUAUGGCCCCAAACCAGUGAUAACCUUACUGGAAUUCAUCAAUUGCACUGACUACACUUUAGAAAGGAUGGAUGAACGUCUAUCAGCUAGAGGAGAGGAGGCCAACAUCUCCAGCUUAAUGGUGGAUUCAUCUGAAGAUCUGUUUGUAAUUUCCAAGAGCGCUCCCACUGAUGCUGUGUCUCUGUCAGACGAUGCGGAGAGUGAGAUAUCUGAGGAUUGGAAGGAAGAUGUGAAGCUGCAUUAUGGAAUUCAUUACAACCGCUACAAGUCAGAACUCUAUCUGACUAUUAUUGAAGCCCAGAACAUAAACAUGGUGGAAAACAUGAACCACCCUGACAGCUACGUGGUAGCUGCCUUGAUCACGAAACUUGGGAAGGCCAAGGCCGAGACCUCCAUCCAAACAAAGACCCUGCACCCAAUUUGGCAGGAUACUCUGACGUUCCCCGUCCUUGAGGAACACGUGCAGGAGGGAACUUUAACCCUGGCCGUCUACAGCUGUGAUAAGUAUUCCAGGCAGGACUGUGUGGGGGAAGCUCAGCUCAAGCUGUCCAGUCUGGCAGUAGGAGAAAGAACAGAUUCCUGGAUCAGUCUGACGGCCCCUGUAAAGGAUUCAUCGCAUGGUGAGAUCUUGCUUUCCAUCAGCUACCUUCCUGCUGCUAACCGCCUGAUUGUUGUCGUGAUGAAGGCACAGCACUUAAAUACAGACAAGCUGAAAGAUCCAUUAGAUGUGUCAAUCAAACUCACUCUCAUGCACCAGUCCUUGAAGCUGAAGAGAAAGCAUACAAGACAUGUUAAGCACAAGAUUAACCCAGUCUGGAAUGAAAUGAUAAUGUUUGAGUGUCCUUAUGAAAUGCUAUGUAAAUCCAGUCUUGAACUGGAGUUGUUGAAUCAGGACUGUACCGGGCAAAACCACCUACUGGGUAAAUGUAGCCUGGGUAUGAAUUACAGUGACUCGGAGUUAAAUCACUGGCAGGAAAUGCUGACCAAGCCUAGGAAACAGAUCGCAAUGUGGCAUAAACUGCACGAAUAAUCACCUUCUCUCUCUAUCACAUUCACUGGCAAACUCCAAGCUUCAGUAGAUUCCUUUUCCUGGCCUCCUACCCCCAAAAUUCAAUGGUGCCAUGGCCACUGUUCAGUGCUCCAAACGCUAUAUAAUCCCAGUCCUUGCACAGUGAUCUAGGUUUAAUCAAAAAAGCUGUUCAGUGACCGCAGCUGGAAGGGGCAUUGGGCCCCUGCAGUUUGGGACAUACUUCUUGUGGUGGCUUCUUUGGUAAAGUGGUUGCCCUGAACACGGCAAAACAAAAUGGGUCUGUUUGUAGCCCAAUUAACCAUCCUACAAGGGACCUCAAGAGGCUGCCAAUCAAAAAUUAAGUUUGUUUAAAUAUACAUACCUGCAUGUGGUGACAGGACAUCAUAAAGUGUCUACCCCAUACCCACUUCAGUGCCAAAGACUAAUGCCUCCCCAUGAGCAUCUCCUCCCUUCAGUUCACUGGUCACUACUCCUGCAGCCCAACAUCUUCUCUCUGUCUCAUCAGCUCCUCUCCCCAUCACCCACCCACCUAAUUAAAAGAACAGAAGAAGCAGAAGUCAGCUUAUUGUCCCCUCGAACCUGCUGUCAUUCAAUAAGUUCAUGUUUCAUUUGAUCAUUGGCCUCAUUUUCUUGUUGAUGCCUGUAACCCUUGACUCUCCUCUAGACCAAAAUUCUAGCUCAAUUUUGAAUAUGUUUAAUGAUUCAAUAAUCACAUCCUCCCAAUUUCCUUCUUUCCCCCCUUCUAAUUGACCCCCCCCGUCUCCCGAUCACUACCUGGAUCUUUUUUUACUCUUCUUCUCCCAGUCACUGCCUCCUACUUCCCUCCCAAUUAAGAUAAGAUCUCUUUAUUAGUCACAUGUACAUCGAAACACACAGUGAAGUGCACCUUUUGCGUAGAGUGUUCUGGGGGCAGCCCUCAAGUGUCACCAGGCUUCCGGCGCCAACAUAUCACGCCCGCAACAUCCUAACCCGCACGUCUUUGGAAUGUGGGAGGAAACCGGAGCGCCCGGAGGAAAUGCACGCAGACACACGGGGAGAACGUACAAACUCCUUACCUCACCGUCCCUUUCAGUCACGCCCCAGUCUCACCCAGGAUACGGCAGGAGACCAUCACCACCAGUGAAGUGGGCCAACAGUGAAUUUCUCCACCACUGAGCUGCUUGUAGAUGCCUAGUAGCUGAGUGCAAAUUACCAGUCAUGUGGAAAUGAAGCUGGAGUUUCACCUGCAUGCUGUGGUGCAGCACUCAGUCCCUCUGCCAUGUCUCAAUUAUAUAAACCAAUUUCUAAUUGUAGAAAUGGAACCUUAAAGUGACGAAGAUGACUUUAUUAAUCCAUUAUUUAAGGUACCUCAUUAUCAUCACCUAACGGAUUUUAAUUAGGUUCAAUCACUUGAAGUGAGAAGCCACGAUGUGCUCCUGACAUCAAACAUCCUCAAUCGUCAUUGUUCCAUAUUCAUGCUCUAACUAGUUCCUUGUGAGAAGAAGCAGGCAAUUCUAAAUGGAAAAUAAUCCCUCAAUGUUUUUGUUACAGCCUCAAAAUUGGAUGUUAUGUUAAAUUUCAACUCUUCCAAAUAAUUGAACUCAAGAGCGCCUUAACCUUUCAUGCUUCAUCUCAUUUGGACAAAGGGCCGUGUCCGCUUACCCUGAAAUUAUAUCCAAUUGCUCACCAUGUUCCUUGGUUUAACAAAUGCAUUGGAUAUCUGCCAUUGAGUUUUCCAGAUAGUAUUCUCUAUAAGGGGGAUAUUUCCUGAUUGAAUGGUGCAUUAUACAGGGGGACCAGUGUGUUACACAAUGGAUCCUAUAUGUUGCAGUGACAAAAGAUUUCCCUGUAUUUUGACUAUUUUAAUCAACAUUCAUGGCAGGUCUUUUGGAUCUUUAACUAUUUGGAUUCCAAUGACCAGCCAAGAGUUCUACUUGAAGACGCGGAAGACCAAAGGCAUUUAUUUGUCCCGAUACAUUUAUCAUUAAAUACCAAUACAUAGAUACAAAAGUAUUUAAAUAAAGACACUGGAAUGUCAGCUGGAAUUUAAAAAUAUAUAUACUAUAUCGACCCCAAUCUAUCUGGAAUAUUGCAGAUAUUGUAGUCUUUAAAGAAUGAUACUAUGGUUUAAAAUGUUAGAUUAUAAAUUUACAUAAACAAGGCUUACUUUCUUGUGCAUUUAGAAAUUUGAAAACUUAUGUAAGUGAGUUAUCAAAAUGAUUAAGGGAUUUGGUAGGGUUGAUACCGAGAAACCUUGCUUUUCUCUGUGAGAACUAUGACAAGGUUGCUUAACCUGAAAUUAGAGCUGGGGUAUUUGGAAAUAAAUGCAAGCAGCAUUUUGAUUUCCACACAAAGGUUAGUGGAGGUCUUAAAAAUUGCUCCCCCAAAGGCUAUGGAUGCUCUGUCAAAUGAAAUUUUCCAUUUUUGUUAAGUAAGGGUAUAAAAGCAGAUAGCUGCAGUUGAGGUGGAGAUUCUAAAAAGUUCCAUUUGUUUAAGCUUCCAUUAAAGAUAUAUUGAUAAUUCCUGGCUUCCUAUACAGGCACUGUGGUGCAAUUGGUGGCUCAGAUUUUGAUCAUUUUUAGUUAAUGUCCAGGUUUCUCAGGACACUGUUUUCCUUCACACUCUGUUCUUUCUUGAUACCAUCUUCCAUUCAUUAUCUGACCUUUUUUUAUUGAAGCAAUUGAAGAUUCUAUAUUUUCAAUAUCUCUUAAUACUCAACUCUCACAAUGCAUUGACUGAAUUACUCCCUCGAUGUCAUAGAGAGAUACAGUAUAGAAAUGGGCCCUUCAGCCCAUCGAGUCUCACUGACUAUCAACCAACUUUUUUUUUACACGCACACUAAUUCCACAAUCAUCCCAAUUUGUUCUACCCACCUUCUCUUCAACUCCCUCCAGUUUCUACCACCUGGAAGAAACCCACACAGUCGCAGCGAGAAUGUGCAAGCUCCACAUAGACAGCACCCAAAGAAAGUACUGAACCUGGAUCCCAACCGGCUGGGCCUCUAUGCUGCUCAUUCUAUGCCCUUCUUUAGUUCAACAUUUUAAACAGAUGGGCAGUGAAAUUAGUCAUGGCUGGUAACUCAGAAUAUUUGAAGGUAAAUCUUCAUGUAAUUUCAAAGCCAGACUGAUUUUUUUAUUUCUGCUGUCUUUUUGGUUGAAAUAAAGACCAUUGCCCUUUGAUGCCAUUCUUGACCUCAAGUUGAACCUGUGUAUUUAUCCCAUUGCUGAAGCUGCAUCCAGGGAUAUUGCUCGUUUUUCAUGCCAAAUUAUUCUUUACCACUCAGCAAUACCCAAGUCUCUUUGAAAUUCAAUUUCACUGAGAAUUUGAAUACUGCUACAUAGGCGUGAAGCUCCCUCAAUCACCUCUCUCAUACUGCUAUCAGGGUACAUUAGUGCGGGUCAAAAAGGAAAAUUUGGUGGGGAAGUUCUGCGGGUGUUUUUUUUCUUGCCCAGGGAUUACUGUGUCCGAUGUAGCCAGAUUUUAUUUCCCUCAGUUCUUUGCUGACUGUGCUCCCUUCAAACCAUAGACAUCCGAACAGUCCAUUGGCUUCUUUUUAAAUUCUAUGAUUGUAUUACUUUUAACAAAGGCAAUAACUUCAUUCGGAGUUAAUAAAAGAUCUCUGCCCAAUCACUUGAAACAUCCACCAAGUUUCAAUGAACUACAGCAUGAAGCACAGAUUUCUUUGUUCAGAUUUAUCAUGUAAUUGCUUCUUAGUCAUGUAAUACUUGUUUGUAAGGCUGCACCUAAGAUAAUGUUUGCCAGUUGGUUUCAAGUACUUUUCAGAAGUCAAGUGACCACUAACAAAGCUGACAUUUAUUGAAGAAAACAAAAAAGAUGUUAGCCCAUGUUCUUUAUGACCUAAAUUAGAUUUUCCCUUGCCAGAAAGGAAAGCAGUUCAGAGACAGAAAAGUAAAAUUGCAACUGAUUACUAUUACUUUUCUUCAACAGGGAAAUUAGCUAACUAUUGCUGAUCAUUGGCAUCCCCUUCCAUCUUGGAAUUAAGCGUCGACCAAUAAUAUUUCCCAUGACUAAAAUUAUUUAAAAAUAUUUUUCCUUUAUUUUAAUGCAUUGCCUACACUAAAUAGUUCUUUAAAAAUUUUAUUAAUUUAAACAAGAAAAUCAAUGACGUAUUUGAAAGAGCUACUAUAAGCCAUAGUACACAAAUCAGGGUGUGAAAUUGUUGUUUGGCAGCGACACAAACCGCAAAACAAUAGUGAACCAACACGGAUUUUGUGUGGCUAUCCAGGGAAGCCACAUGCAAACAUUUUGAUUGCAAUACUGCUCAAGAGUGAACGCUUUUUUUUUACCAGAAACAAACAUGGUAAUUUAACUAAGGAAGAUUUUCGAGUUCCAUUAAGAAGUCAACCAAAUUUAAGGUGCUAAGAACUGGGUGUCAGCACUGUAAACAAAAUGGGUCUAAAUCACUUCAAAAUGCCUUAUUCGCCACUGGUUAGUAUUUUCAUGUUUUUAUGUUCAUAAGUUAGGAACACUGGUGACAGUGUACAUCUAGAUUAGCCAGUGGAAAUACAUGGUUAGAUGAUUCCUGUAUAGGCCGUGUUUGCUUCAAAAUAAAUAAGCAAUUUCAAUCUAUAAAGUAUUUACCUUGAGUCUGCCAGGAAAGUCACAAAGAAUAUUAUUUGGCUUGCUCAUCUUCUACACCCUUCAUGAACAGUUUCUGUAGCUUGCUACUGUAAGUUUUCCUUGGUGUUUUGGUUUUUGGUGACGAUGUUUGGCAGUAUUGAUAUAAUUUGUCUUUUGAAAUAUUAUACGAGAUGUUGAUACUUGUUUGUGCUGACAAUAAAAUGA